GGAUGAAGGCGAGUGCAGGUGGACCAUCUGGAACACAGAUUCAAGACCAUUAACAGCUCUCCAUGGACUCAGUCAUGGAGCUGGACGUGCUGAUCUACCCCGAUGAGGUGCGGGUAGUUACCCCCGAGGACCUUCACCAGUGGGAAUUGGAGACCGCCAGUCAGGCGUCGACGCCUGCUUUGGAGCCUCGACUCUUUGUGGCGCUUUACCCGUACAAUCCUGCCGCCAUGUCGCCCAACCCAGACACGGCAGCUGAAGAGCUGCCCUUUGUGCCUGGCCAGAUCAUCAAGGUUUUUGGAGACAAGGACCUGGAUGGCUUCUAUCACGGAGAAUCGGGCGGCCUUUCGGGUUAUGUUCCCAGUAACUUAGUGGCCGAAGUCCCGGUGGACGACCAUUAUCUAAAACAUCUUCUCAUGCAGCAAGGAUUCAUACCCGUAGACCAAACAGGAAUGUCUUUAACUCCUGACGUGAGUGACGUGUCCAGUGUUCCUGAAGAUGUGAUCGUACGCCGCAUGGUGGCCUUGUUCGACUACGACCCUUGGGAAAGUUCGCCCAACGCUGACAGCGAAGUUGAAAUGGGCUUUCGUUCAGGUGACAUCAUCUACGUGUUGGGUGACAUGGAUGCCGACGGGUUCUACUACGUAAGGGUCAUUCACCCCUUUUGUUCUUUGUUUGAUUUCUGGACGAAUAAAAUGUCUUUCCAGGGCGAUCUGCAAGGACGCCGAGGUUUGGUGCCGUCCAACUUUCUGCAGCCGCUACCGUGGGAUUAAUGGGUUUACAGUCACUUCUUUUUUUUAAUUUUUUUUAUUUUUUUACACAGCACUAUUGUGUAAUUUAAACAAAAUACCUGAUUGAAAAGGGUGUUGUUAUAGCCUUAAGCAAAACUUUUUGGUGUUUCUUUCUGUAUACAAUAUUUAUACAUUUUGUAUUUUUUGCCUCUUUUUACAUGAUGUUAUACUUUUACUUAAUAAUUAUAUUAUAUAUCUAUUAUGACUUUUUUAAUGUGUACUUUAUACACUGGACAGAAUUUCUGUUUGUGUUAGGAUCCAGUUAUUUGGAGUAGAUUAGUUCCAAAAAAAUUACACAACCCAAUUAAUUAGAAUGUAAUCAUAUACGGCUUUUGCAAAUAAAGACCAAGCA